AUGUCAUUGUCAUUGCCAAUACUGCCACUGAUUGUACAAAAGAAAAUAAUACUGCUGGUGAUUAACGUGAACUAUCGUUGCAAGUUCAAAAAGAAAGAUAUUGCCAAUCUAUGUUGUUUAUCAAAGAAAUGGCUCGUGAUCAUCACUGAGAUACUCAGCCAGAUGAACUUUGGUUACAGGGUGCCGUUGAACUGCUCAGUCAAGAAAUUGUACUGGCUUCUAAAGACUGCGGACAAGCGAAACACAUCUGGCGUCUCCAACAUCCUUCGACGCUACCGACUGGAUAUCUUGGACCUCAAUGCCCUCACACCUGAGGUCAAGGAACUGCUCACCACCUUUAGUCUUGGCCACGUUACAGUGGUCUUCAACAAUGCAACGUCGGAUGAAUGUCUGCAGCAGACCAUCGAGUGUCUCAACACCAACUGGCGAGCUAGGGUCACAUCAUUGGCCUUCAAGCUCAUCCCAGUGGAAUGCAGAAAACGCCACUUCGUCGCUACAUAA